AUGGUUGGCUCCUUUAUCGGUCAAUCUCUGCCGUAUUUCAUUGGCCACUGGCUGUUCCACGCGCGUGUGCAAGCGUGGUUGGCUGAGCACCCACGAAACGCUGCUGUACUGCGAUUGGCUGAGGCCGGCGGCUGGUGGCAUCAGUACCGGGUCACGUUGCUGCUACGCUUCUCCCCGUUUCCGUUCCUCCUCUUCAAUUACGCUGUAACGGCCACUCGCAUCCAGUACGCGCCCUACAUCAGCGCAUCGAUGACUGCCAUGAUUCCCGAAGCCUUCUUCACCAUCUACUGUGGUCGGCUGAUCAGUGAUCUGGCGGAGGCCCACAAGAGGCACAUCACAGCGGUGGAGCUGGUGUACGAGCUGAUGGGGUUGGCAGCAGCAGGGGUGGUGCUGCUGCUGCUCAUGGUGCAUGGCAAGAGGGCUCUGCAGCAGUUAGAGGAGGAGGAGAGAGCCAAGCAAAAGGGGCUUGAGAUGGAACAGGUGGUUUGUAUAGGUGCCAAUGGGGCGGGUGUGGUGGAAAAUGGUGCUGCUGUUGCGUUUGAUGGGGUGGAAUUGCCUGCUGCUGAGGUGGCACUUAUUGCUGAUGACUCUCAGAGUGCAUCUGGGAGGGAUGGAGUAGCUCAGCAGGGGAGGCAGGCUUAUUGUCAAAGCAUUCAGGUGGAUUUCCCUCUGGAUGUCAAGAGCACACAAGUGGCUUUACGGGCCAACAUGAAUCCCUCUUUCGUGAUACACGAAUCUGAGGCACAUGAAGAGGGUGGUGCAGAGGGAGAUGGGCUCCUUGGCGCAGAGUUCAUCGCUGCAGUGGAAGGCAGUCUGCGCCAGUGGCUGUCGGAAGGCUCUGCGGCCCUCGUGCAGUCAGGAGCAGCGCGGCCAGUGGAGGGAAUGCCGCUGAUGGUGUAUGUGGAGGCGGAGCACGCGCAGGGCCACAAGAACUACCGCCUCACCUACUACUUCCAGGUGUCACUGGCGAGCAGCAACAGCGUGCAUCCGACGGUGGCGGCGGAGACAGCAGCAGCACUGAAGCGCAUUGCGUCCAUCUCCGCCACGGGCCGCCCCAGCCCCUGGGAGAAGGCCGUGCACCCGCUGCAGCUCUGGUUCGGCAUCCAAGAGUUUGUGGUGCUGGCACCCGUGACAGCAUCUGGGGUUGUGCUGGACUCGCCUGAAGCCUCCAUGCUCCUUAGCACGCUCGCCAUCGCCUCGUGUAACACCGAGUGCUCCCUGCCAUCCUUCGUCCCGGUACACGACCCCUCCCGCAAGGCCUUCAUUGGCUUCCAGCACGGUCCCCGAGCCACCCGCACUGGUGCGGGCUCAGGCUCGGGCCGAGGCAUGCGGUCAGGUCCGGGCGCGGGAGGAGGCACGGUGGGAGGGGUGGGCGCGGGGGGCGUGGGCGACUACCUGUUUCACUACGAGGCGGACCGCAUCACCAGCAACGUGCCUCAGAACCUGCUGUCUCUCGACGGCCUUUACUACCUCUUUGCGUUCAAGCUGAUAGCAGAGCUCCCCAGCACCGUAGCAUCAGUGUCCCCUGACGUCACCGUGGCCAUGCGCAUCCGCUACCGCCUCCGCUACUGGGGCUCCCCGGACGCGCCCCCGCCCUCCAAGACCCGCCCAGCAGAAGCAGGCGCAGGCGCGGGGAGCGAGGAGGGCGCAGGCGCAGGGGUGGAGGAGGAGGAGGACGAGUUCUGGGGGCAGGAGAGGGCGUGGGACGAGGGCAUGGCGUGGAGUGUGUGGCACUCGGUGGACGAUCCGGUGAAGGGGUUUGAGCUGGUGGCCACGUGGAAGGAGCUCAGGGCGAGUAGUUCGUCAGGCAUGGCCCAGAUGGAGCAGCUCGAUGCCACUACCGCGGAUGAGUGGCUGCUGCGCGCACUGCUCGCCCCCACCAGGACUGACUUUGACAGUGACGACCCCCCUCAGGGCUUUGCUGGACGGCUGCAUGCACUGCUGGGGGCGUACGUGGUGUCCACCACAGGCCAGUACAUGGAAGACUUUAUAGCGGCUCAGAACUUUGCGCGGCGCAACAACAUGACCAUCCCGCCGCCCAGUGUCAUGGAGCGAGUGGUCAAGGACCUCUUCCACUCCAAGGAGGCGCUGGCGUCAGUGGCGAAGUACAUGGGGAAGGCGUCAGAACAGCAGGAGGCGAGCCUGCUGCCUGACGCUGACCGUGGCACCAUCACCACCGCCAGCAGCGUCAUCAGCAGCAUCAGCGCCACCGACACCAGCGCCACUGGCAGUGGGGUGAAGGGUCCCGGGGGAGAGGGAGCAGCGGGGGCAGGAGCGGAGGGAGGCGGAGCAGAAGGUGCAGGGGGAGAAGGGGUGGAGGAGAAUGGGCUGAGUGGCAAGUUCAAGGGGGCGACGCACAUUGGCAAGGCUGCGCCGGUGGAUUCGCUCUUUUCCCGCCUCGCUCUGCAUGUGCUGCGCUUUGGCACCUGCAACAUCAGAUGUGAGCCACCCCCGCCCGCCUCGUCCAUGCCACCUGUGGCCUCGGGUAUCUUUCGCUUGCUCUUUGAAAACCCUUCCUUUCCUUUUCCCCUCAUGUCCCCCAGCCGUGGCUGGAAUUUACUCGCGAGCUGCGGUGAAACUGCCACGGGAGAGGAGGCGGCUUGUGCAUAUGAUGCGGCUGUGAUCAAGAGGGAUGGCCCAGAUGCCAUGAAUAACGCUACUAUGACACUUGCCGCGUCCCCUCUCGUUGCUCUCUCAUCCCUAACCCUCUGCCCCCUUGCACUCCCUUCUGGCCCUCUUUCAGCUGUGGCGGCGCUGUGGCUGGAGUUCACGCGUGAGCUGAGGUGGAACUGGGAGCAGGCGCUGCCCAUCCCUCGAGUCAUUGCAGACGGGCCUCCCAACACCGCCACCUGCCUCAUCCACCAGAAGCUGCAGCUGCUGCAGGAGUGCAUUAAGCGGCGGCGCAAGCAGCAGGAGCGGGAAAUGGAGGAGCGCAUGCGUCACGCCGAGCGCAUGCACCAAAUCGCCGCCGCCAAGCUUGUAGGCGAGCGCGUGGAGGAGCUUGUAAGGGGUACAGCACUCGACGACGGCCCGGCUCGCGCUGACUCGCCGCCAGGGAGGGGCGGCAGGAGGCGAGGCAGCGGGAGGGAGAGGGGAGGGAGGGGGAGUGACAGGAGGGGUGGGAGGGAUGAGGAGGAGUGGGAGGGGAUGGAUAGGUCUGGGAGUGAAGGAGGCGGCUGGCAUGAUGGAAGGGCGGGCCGGGGGCGGGGAGGACGCGGGUGGGACAAUGGCGACGGGGCGAGCCCAUACCACGACGACAAGACGGCCUCGGGGGACUCGGACACGCACGGGUCGCACGACGUGGCGUUCUAUGAUGAGGGGGGUGUGGCUGAUGGCGACUCGCCUUCCCACCGCAGCGAAGAGGACCUUGAUGAAUAUUUCAGCGAGAGCGACGUAUCGGACGACGACACCUGGGCGGAGAGGGGCCGCACGAGCCACGGCCUCACGGGGGCGAUGGCGAGGGGGCGGCGCCGCGUGCGGAGGCGGGGGGUGGUGGGGCCGGUGAAGGGAGACAUGUGGCUGCUGCGCGUGAGGCGGCGCAUGCUGGAGCCUCACACACAGGACCCGGUGUUCAUGAGUGAAGAUAUGAUCGAGGAGAAGGAGCGAGCCAUGGAGGCUCUGGGGAGCACGCCUGCGGGGCGUGAAACUCGAGCUCGCAUGCAGAGUGACGUUGUUGCUUCAGACAUGUCGGCGUUCAAAGCUGCAAACCCCGGGGCAGUGCUAGAGGACUUUGUGCGCUGGCACUCGCCCAACGACUGGCUGCCAAUCACAAGCGCGGAUGAGGGCUCUGAUGACGUGGAUGAUUACGAUGAUGAGUAUGACGAUGGUGGUAGGCGGUACGGGAGGGAUGAUGAUGAUAGGUACGGCCGGGGCGACCGGUAUGAGGAUCGGGAGGACAGGUACAGAAGGGGAGGAGGCAACAGGUACGGAAGGGGAGAGGAGGAGCGGUACAGGAGGGAUGAUAGCCUGAGGGACAGGGAUGAUAGCUUUAGGGACGCGAGUGGGAGGUUCAGUGACAGCGGGAGGUAUGGGGAGAGCGGGAGGUAUGGUGAUGAUGAUUAUUCAGACAGGGAGAUGGAUAGGGAGAGGGAGCGAGAGAGGGAGAGGGAGAGGGAGCGAGAGAGAGGGCGUGACACGGAAGAGAGUGACAUUGACAGGGAGGUGGAUAGGAAGGCUGGUGGCAGGGAUAGGAGCAGGGAGAGGGAGAGGGAGAGGGAGAGGGAGGAGGGCAGAGAGUAUGGUGGCGGAGGCAAGAGUUCGAGGGAAGGGGACUCUGAUUUAGACCCGGAUGGAACCCGCGGUGGGAACGAGGAGAAGGAGAGCUCUCCUUCUCGCCGCCGCAGCAGCAGUCCCGGGAAGGACAAGGAGGAAGAAGAUGAGUUUUUUGAAGCGGCUCAGGAAGAGAAGUCUGGAGAUACGGUGGCUGGUGAGGGGCAGGCAGCAGGGGCGGGUGGAGAUGCUGGGAAGGAGGAUGGCGUUGAGAAAGUGGAGGAUGGGGAGAAGGGAGGCGAGGAAGAGAAGGGUGAAGAGGUAGGGGAGAGUGUGGCGGAUGGUGGGAAAGGAGUGGAGAAGGAGGGUGUGAAAGAGAUUGAGGUUGAGGGUGGUUCAGGGGAUGAGCCGAGGGUGGAAGGGAGUAAGAAAGCUGUGGAGAAAGGAGAGAGGGAGGAGGACAGGGACAACAGCGAUAGGGAGAGGGAGAGGGAUGAGAGCGAUAGGGAGAGAGGUAGGGAUAGGGAAGAGCUCAAAAGGAGGGAGGAGGAGAGGGAGAGGUACCGAAGCCCAGAACCUGACAGUGACCCAGAGAGGGAGAGGGAGAGGGAAAGGGAGAGAGAGAGGGAGAGGGGAAGGGGCAGGGGGGGCAGGGGGCGAGAGGACGGGGAGUACAGUGACGACCGCGAGGAGUGGGACGAGUUUGGCGAGCGGCGCCGCGGCCGAGACAGGCGCGACGACCGUGACGACCGUUACCGAGACGACCGGGACCGGGAUGAUCGUGAUGAUUAUGACGAGCGCGACUGGAGGGACGAUGACGUCAGGAGGCGGGGCGGGCGGCGGGACAGCGAGGAGCACGAGCGUGGCGGGCGCAGGGGCGGGAGAGGGAGAGGGGGCGGCAGUGGGAGAGGUGCUGGUGGGGCCGGUGGGAGCAGGCGGCGGCGGCACCGCGUGGAUGGGUCGGGGUGGCCGCCGAGGGGCCGGCUGUCGGAGCGCAUGGAGGAGGUGCAUGGCAACCUGUGGCGCGAGCUGUGGGACAGCGCUGAGCCUGAACCUGCUCAUGAGCAGAGGCCUAUUUUCCACUUCGACCUGGAGGGCGAGAAGAUCCUGCACUACUUAGACACGGUGGUACCGGAGGAGUUGCUGGGGCAGCUGCUGGCGACGUGCUUCUCGUCGGCUGUGCUGCUGUUGGGUCGCGACCAGGGGGGGCGAGAGGAGCCGGUUGCGGAGCAGAGGCAGCGCGUGGCGGGCAUGGUUUCCAGCAUGUGGCAGUGGCUGGACGAUCAGAGCGCUGGCAGUUGCUCCGACGAACGAGUCGAAGACUUGGAGGUGCUGCUGAGGGCGUUCACGCGCAUGGAGGCCACAGCCAUGGUGGCGGCGUCACUGUGGAAGCGCCUGCAGGGCUGCUCACGGCUGGUGGCCAAACUGCUGUCCGAAAGGGCCCUCAACGCCACUGAUGUGCCGUCUGUGCGCCUGCUGCCCGCUCCCAUCCGUCUUCCGCAUCUGCCUGAGCCGGACAGCCGAACGGACGAAUGGCGGGUCGUGGGUAGGCUAUGGCAGGAGAAGGAACCUUCGGGCAGCAGCAGCAGCGACACCACUGGAGCAACCAGCAGCACCCCUGGCAGCAGCAGCAGCAGCUCCUCUGCUGCUCCCCCACUCCCCCCUGCUGCCGCCAAGGCUUCUGGCGGGGGGCGACGCAUGGGGAACCUGCUUUACAGGCACGAGCCCACAGAGCGUGAGGUUAUUUUCACAUCGCCAGCGUUUGUGAUUUUCAACACGGUGGACGAGGAGGAUGCGGCGACGGGCGCUGUGGCGUCGAGGGACUCGGUGGAGAUUGUGAAGCACCAGCUGUAUGCCAAGGCAAGCUUGGAUGACCUCACUCUUGCGCUCAAGGUUGCUGCGCAGGAGUAG